AUGGCGCGGCAGCCGGGCGUGAGGCAUCCGCGCUUGGGCCGGCUGCUGUGGCUGUGCCUACCCUUGUGCCUGCCCCUAUGCCUGCCGAGCCCCGCGGCGGCGCGGCCGCCCGCCCCGCACCUCGUGCUGGUGCUGGCCGACGACCUGGGCUGGGGCGACGUGGGCUGGCACGGCUCUGCCAUCCGCACGCCGCGGCUGGACGCGCUGGGGGCGGGCGGCGUGCGGCUGGAGCGCUACUACACCCAGCCGCUGUGCACGCCGUCCCGCAGCCAGCUCCUCUCGGGCCGCUUCCAGAUCCACACAGGUUUACAACACCAGAUAAUAUGGCCAUGCCAGCCCAGCUGUCUGCCACUGGAUGAGAAACUCCUCCCAGAACUACUUCAAGAAGCGGGAUAUGUUACUCACAUGGUGGGGAAGUGGCAUUUGGGGAUGUACAGAAAAGAAUGCCUUCCAACCCGCAGAGGAUUUGACACCUAUUUUGGCUACCUCCUAGGCAGUGAGGAUUAUUAUACUCAUGACCGCUGUGUCCUCAUCAAAGCAAAGAAUGUGACGCGCUGUGCUCUGGACUUCCGAGAUGGAGAAGAAGUUGCAACUGGAUUUAAAAAUGUGUACUCCACAAAUUUAUUCACAGAAAGAGCUAUAGAUCUUAUAGCCAAUCACAAAACUGAGAAGCCCCUCUUUCUCUAUCUUGCCUUUCAGUCUGUGCAUGAACCUCUCGAGGUCCCUGAAGAAUACAUGAAACCAUAUUCUUCCAUAAAAGAUGUAAAGAGGCGUCAUUAUGCAGGAAUGGUGACUCUUAUGGAUGAAGCAGUAGGAAAUCUUACUGAUGCUCUGAAAACAUAUGGUCUUUGGGACAACACAGUUCUUGUUUUCUCUACUGAUAAUGGAGGACAAACUUUAGCAGGGGGGAAUAACUGGCCACUGAGAGGGAGAAAAUGGACCCUCUGGGAAGGAGGAGUGAGAGGUGUAGGCUUUGUUGCAAGUCCUUUGUUGAAACAAACAGGUGUAGAAAGUCAUGAACUCAUCCAUAUCUCUGACUGGCUGCCAACGCUGGUGCACCUCGCUGGAGGACAUACCAAUGGCACUAAGCCCUUGGAUGGCUUUGAUGUUUGGAACACUAUCAGCGAAGGAAGACCUUCUCCCAGAGUGGAACUGCUGCAUAACAUAGACCCCAUGUUUGUGGAUGACUCCCCAUGUCUUGGCAUUGACAAGAGAACAUCUUUACCACAGAGCAAUUCUCCUUGGGAUGAUACACUUUUCAAUAUAUCCAUACAUGCAGCAAUAAGACAUGGAAAAUGGAAGUUACUAACUGGAUAUCCAGGCUGCAGCCACUGGUUCCCUCCACCGUCUUUGUUCAAUGAGUCACAGAUUCAGUCGUCUGAUCCAUCAACAAAGAGACUUUGGCUGUUUGAUAUCGUUCAUGAUCCUGAAGAAAAAAAUGAUGUGUCUGAAAAAUACCCUCAUGUGGUGGAAAAACUACUCUCACGGCUUCAGCAUUAUCACAAACGUUCAGUACCUGUGUUCUACCCUGAUGAGGAUCCCAACUGUGAUCCAGCAGUGACUGGGGCUUGGGGUCCUUGGGCAUAAUGCACACAGCUUUGCAUUCUGCAAAAAACCCCUGCAGCAGAGUCUGGUUUACAGACUCAGAGUCCUAGUCACAUAUUUUGUACUUUCUCUAAUGAGUUAUUGCUAAUUGUGAUCUUAUUCUUGGAAUAAUUCAUUAUUUCUUAUUCUUGAUAUGUUGGGAAUCUAAUUUCAGUCUUUUCCCACUCUCAUUCCCAACAAUUAUAUGUGAAAUGUUAGUAAAAUUAUAUAUAUAUUUUUAAAUAUUCUUUGUCUGGAAUAUACUUCUAGUGCAGAAGAUAAACAUUGCCUCCUUCCUUGAAAGAAACUAAAAGUAAUUGAAUUCCUUGUAAGGAAGGCAACAGGGACAUCCAAAAUUAAUCAGUCUUGUGGAGUAUACUGAACUUUGGUUUCAUGUUUGUCCAGGAGACAAAAUCUACUGAAAGCUGUUAUAUAUCUGUAUUGACAUAAAAUUUUUUGCCUUUAACAUGUACUUCCAUCCAGAAAAGGCAAGAGUAAAAAAGAAAACCUCACAAAUACAACAUAAUCUCUAUUUCUUGUUCACUCUUAAUCUAUCAAACUGGAGUAGAGCGUGAUGAUCAACUGGAGUGCAGGGCUGUCAGAUAGAAGAAUCUUGACAGCCUUAAAAAAUGUGUGAAUAAAUAUUUCAUUAAUUUCAACAAUUGCAGAGUCUGCCACUUGGAGUGCAACAGCUACAUUCAGGAGUGCAUGCUGGGCCAUGACCAGAUGGAAAGCAUUUUCAUGGGGAAAAAAUCUAAGCAUCCUUCUGAACAGUAAUUAGGACAAGAGUUCCCAUUUUCUCUUUAGGUGAAGAAAACCAACCACAUGUUGUUCCGCAUAAGCCAGAAUGUAUCCAGCAGCUAGGGGAAGUCUUAAUUCCCUUCUAUCAGUGCUAGAGUAUAGCAUCACAUUUUGAGCUUCCCUAUAAAGGAAAAGUAUUGACCAGUUUGAGUUAGUUCAGUGGAGAACUAUGAGUGUGAUCAUGGGAAGGAUAAAGAAAUGGGUUAGUUUAUGCUGGUGAGAAAAAUGGAAGAUGCUAUCUUCAGCUACCAACUGUGAGAGCACAGAGAAGAGGAAGCCAGACACUUCUCAGAGAUGCACAAAGAUGAAAAGCACACAGGGAACAUGUGGAGUUCCAAUGCAAUAUAAGGAAAGGGGGAAAAAAAAAUCACACCAUGAGUUUAAUUCAAUAUGGGAAAUGUGAGACUAUGGCAACCUUAAUCCUGGGGUUGUCCGGUCUUUGGUUGGAGAAGAUUCUGAACAAUUCUAUCCCUGAAGCUGGAUCAAAUUUGAAGUUGAUGCAGUUUGUUAGAGUGGUGAGGAACAACCAGUGACCUCCAAAGGCCCCUUUCUGCAGAAAUUACUCUACGAUUCUGUGCUGAACAAAACCUUACUUUUAUUACCUGCCUGGUUCUGAAUUCAGAAUUUUUUGGGGCUAAGAACAUUGCAGAUGAUUCACUACAUGCCUAAAUGUGUAACCUCCUCAUAUUUAUUCAGUUUUUGGA